AUGCUUCCCCUGCUCACUCUCUUCCCCCCCCUCACUCUGUUUCCUCCUUGCUCUCUCUCUCUUUCCCCCUGCUCACUCUCUUCCCCCCUUCUCACUCUCUCCCCCCUUCCUCACUCUGUUUCCCCUUGCCCACUCUCUCCUCCUCACUCUAUUCCCCCCUGCUCUAUUCCCCUUGCUCUAUUCCCCCUACUCUAUCCCCCCCCCUACUCUAUUCCCCCCUGCUCUAUCCCCCUUGCUCUCUUCCCCCUUGCUCUCUCUUCUCACCUCCUCAGGUUGUUUGCCCCUAGCUCACUCGGUUUUCCCAUUGCACACUCUCUUUCCCCAUUGCUCAUUCUCUUCCCUGCUGCUCAUUCUCUUUCCCCAUUGUUCAUUCUCUUCCCCGCUGCUCAUUCUCUUUCCCCUUGCUCAUUCUGUUUCCCCUGCUCAUUCUGUUCCCCCCCUGUUCACUCCCUUCCCCCAUGCCCACCCUCUUCCCCCCUGCUCACUCCCUCUCCCCCCUUCUCACUCUCUUCCCCCCUACUCACUCUCUUUCCCCCCUGCUCACUGUCUCCCCUGCACUCUGAACCCCUUCUUCACACGCACCAACCGAAGCCAACCCAGUUAGCCCUCUCAACUCUCCUCUCUCUGCCCCCAUCUUUUGGCCCCCUCCCCUCCGUGCCCCUCCCCAGUCAACCCCCUCCUGGUGCUACUGCUUCCCCUCAUGGGGAGUCUGGGUGUGAGAGUGCGUCGGUGGUGGUGUUUGCGGCGUUUGAGUUUGUGCCGUCGCCGCCGCUCUCCCAGCAGCUGCAGGAGUGGUUCACAGCCCUUUACUUGCUGCAUUCCCAUGGCAUCACCCACAGCAACAUCCGUUCCGCACGCCUCUCCCCUCACCCAUCUGCUCCCUUGACUGUCCCUCCCUCCCCCACGCUUCCUCAGGUGGUCGAGGCCCUUCACUCGCUGCAUUCCCACGGUAUCACCCAUGGCAACGUCCGUCCCUCCACCGUCUUUGUGCCAGACGACGGGAUCGUGCGGCUGGCCGGCAUCGCUUGGCUGGACUCCCACAGGCACGGGGCGCCCUGGAGACGCGGCAGCCGCAGUCAUGAUUGCAGUCAUCAUUGCGCCAAUGAUUGCAGCCAUGGGUACAAGGACAGCCGGGUGGCACACCUGUCUCCUGAGGCCAUUAGAGAGGAAGGGGAGGGGCCGCCAUCAGAUGUCUGGGCGUUGGGGUGCCUGGCUAUGGCCAUGGCCACUGGAGCACAGCCGUGGGCUGACAUCACAGACAGCGAGCAGGUGAAGCUGUUCAUUGCUCACAGUCGAGAUCUACCUGAGCUUCCAGCUGAUUCUUCACCUGAGUUCACAGACUUUGUCGCAUCCUGCUUGAACCGGAACCCCUCAGAGAGGCCAACAGCUGCAGCGCUGCUGAGCCAUCCAUUCUUGGCUGCAUCGUAG